AUGCGUUCCUUUCUUGCACUCAAGGCCGCGACGGCUGUCAUCCUUGCUGCCCAGGGCACGCUCGCGCAGAACUGGGAUGGCGUGCCCACGAUGGGCAAGGUCGUCAAUGGCAUCCAAUAUCUCGGCUGCCCCGUGGAGAUCCCGGGCCGCGUCCUGACGGGCGUAUCGUACUCGGACGACGCCAUGACCAUUGAGUCGUGCGCCGCGUACUGCACCAAGAACAAUCUUCCCCUGUUCGGCGUCGAGUACGGCCGCGAGUGCUACUGCGGCCGCUACAUCCCCCCGACGGUCAAGAUGCCCGGCCAGGCGUCCGACUGCAACAUGAACUGCAAGAACAACAAGUCCAAUCUCUCCAAGCAAAUGUGCGGCGGCGUCAACCGCAUGUCGGUGUUCAACGUGACCACGUUCCAGGGCCCCGGCGCCAUCAAGAACAAUGCCGACUGGUCGUACAUGAGCUGCUUCAUGGAGCCGCAAUGGGGUCGCGCCCUGUCCAACCUGGUCAAGCCCGACGACAAGAUGACCAUCAACAUGUGCUUUGAUACGUGCAAGAGUGGCGGAUAUUCGUAUGCUGGUCUCGAGUAUGGUCGCGAGUGCUGGUGUGGCAAUACCGUGGCACCGAACCUCGAGGAUGCCAGCGAUCCAGCCUGCGCCAUGCAGUGCGACAUGGUCUGCGGCGGCAACAGUGGCCAAAUGUGCGGUGGUCGCGGCGCCAUUAGUCUCUACCAGCGCAACAACAAGAAGAAGCGUGACGCCUAUGUCGAUAUCCACGAAGGUCACCACGGUCCUUCCGAGGUGGACCUCAAUGUCGCGGCUCGCAAGGGGCGGUUUGUCCGGGUUCGUCGCCCUUCGGUCCGACGUACGCAGAUGCAGCAGGAGCGAGAGCAGGGAUGGUGA